AUGAUUAUGGAUCCAGGUGGUGGAAGUCUUGGUUUGCAGACACAGGAAUCCAAAAUGCCUCACACUAUGAUUAUGCAGGAUUUUGUGGCUGGAAUGGCUGGUACCGCUCAUAUUGAUGGAGAUCACAUUGUGGUGUCAGUCCCUGAAGCUGUGCUGGUUUCAGAUGUUGUCACAGAUGAUGGGAUCACCCUUGAUCAUGGCUUGGCAGCUGAAGUUGUCCAAGGACCUGAUAUCAUAACUGAAACGGACGUUGUGACCGAAGGAGUGAUUGUUCCUGAAUCUGUAUUGGAAGCAGACGUUGCUAUUGAAGAAGCAUUAGAUACCAGUGAUCACGUUUUAACUUCCGAUUUAAUCACCGAAACUGUUAGAGUGCCUGAUCAAGUUUUUGUGGCUGAUCUUGUUACUGGUCCUGAUGGACACUUGGAACACGUGGUACAAGAUUCGGUAUCUGGACCUGACUCCCCCACAAUGGUAUCCGAAGAAGUUCUUGUGACAAAUUCAGAUACCGAAACUGUGAUUCAAGCAGCCGGCACUGUUCCUGGAUCCACCGUUACCAUCAAGACCGAGGAUGAUGAUGAUGAUAGCAAGAGCACAUCUGAAGACUAUUUAAUGAUAUCUUUGGAUGAUGUUGGGGAAAAAUUAGACCAUAUUGGAAGCACCCCCUUAAAAAUCAGCACUGAGGUUGCACACGGUGACGUAUCUAAAGACGAUGGAUUUGGUUCUGAAGUUAUUAAAGUUUACAUAUUUAAAGCCGAAGCUGAGGAUGAUGUUGAAAUAGGGGGAACGGAGAUUGUAACAGAGAGUGACUUUCAUAAUGGACACUCUGUAGCUGGAGUUCUAGAGCAAGGCAGUAUUGGCAGAGUUCAGCGAGAGAAGAUGGUUUAUAUGGCUGUUAAGGAUUCUUCCCAAGAGGAUGAAGAUAUUAGCUGUGCUGAAAUAGCAGAUGAAGUUUACAUGGAGGUCAUUGUUGGCGAAGAGGAAGCCUCCUCACUUCCCGAUGCACAACUCGAAGACUCUGGUGUGAAUAAAACUUUUGUUCCAGUUGCCUGGGCUGCUGCUUAUGGGGAUGAUAGAAGACUUCCUAGGAAAUAUGAAGACUGUCAAGCACCAGGAACAAACUUAGAUGCAAGAUUAGAAAACAAGAAUGGUAACACAACUCAGUAUCUCCAAAUCUGCGAUAGCAUCAAUACGAACAGAUUGCUUAAGCAGAAGACCAAGAAAAGGAGAAGAGGCGAAGCACGCCAAUGGCAAACAGCUGUUAUAAUAGGUCCUGACGGACAGCCCUUAACCGUCUACCCGUGUCACAUAUGUGGGAAGAAAUUUAAGUCCAGGGGAUUCUUGAAAAGGCAUAUGAAGAACCACCCAGAUCACAUGAUUAAGAAGAAGUACCAGUGCACUGACUGUGACUUCACGACGAACAAAAAAGUCAGCUUCCACAAUCACCUGGAAAGCCAUAAGCUGAUCAACAAAGGUGACAAGGCGCACGAAUUCACCGAGUACACCAGGCGCUACCGAGAAGCCAGCCCGUUGAGUUCCAACAAGCUCAUCUUACGGGAUAAAGAACCGAAAGUGCACAAGUGCAAAUACUGUGACUACGAAAGCGCGGAGCAAGGCCUGCUGAACAGGCACCUGCUCGCCGUUCACAGCAAGAACUUCCCCCACGUUUGUGUCGAGUGCGGGAAAGGCUUCCGCCACCCUUCGGAGCUGAAAAAACACAUGAGGACCCACACGGGGGAGAAGCCUUACCAGUGCCAGCAUUGCGUCUUCCGCUGCGCGGAUCAGUCCAACCUGAAGACGCACAUCAAAACCAAGCACGGGACUGACCUGCCCUUCAAAUGCGAACACUGCCCGCAGGCCUUCCCCGACGAGAAGGAGCUGCAGCAGCACACCGAACUCUUUCAGGGCCACAAGACUCACCAGUGCCCGCACUGCGACCACAAGAGCACCAACUCCAGUGACCUCAAGCGGCACAUCAUCUCCGUCCACACGAAAGACUUCCCUCACAAGUGCGAGGUCUGCGAGAAAGGUUUCCACCGCCCCUCGGAGCUCAAAAAGCACAGCGAGACCCACAAAGGGAAGAAGAUCCACCAGUGUCGGCACUGCGACUUUAAGACUUCCGACCCUUUCGUACUCAGCGGGCACAUCCUCUCCGUUCACACCAAGGACCUGCCUUUUAAGUGCAAACGGUGCAAGAGGGGAUUCCGGCAGCAGCUGGAACUGAAGAAGCACAUGAAGACCCACAGCGGGAGGAAAGUCUACCAGUGUCAGUAUUGCGAAUACAGCACGACAGACGCCUCGGGCUUCAAGAGGCACGUCAUAUCCAUCCACACGAAAGACUACCCUCACAGGUGCGAGUAUUGUAAAAAGGGCUUCCGGAGGCCUUCGGAGAAGAACCAACAUAUCAUGAGGCAUCACAAAGAGGCCCUCAUGUAGGUCUGGGCGCUGCGGAAGACCCCCCUGUGUUAGGGGAAGGAAACUCUCAUGAACUGUUUCUCCUGGUUUCAAAGCUUGAUCUUAAAUCAUAACUUUGCAUUCUUUGUAU